CUGGAUUCCAACCUCAACCAGCCAUGAGAAAGGAGGCUUCAGCUGAACAGACCUGCAGGGGCUGCGAAAACGAGGGGGAGAGUGAAGGCCAGUGAGGGGGAAAACAACGGUUUUGGCACCCCGAACAAGUUUUUGCGUCCCUGAAAGCUGAGGUUUUGGGAAAGCUGAGCAAGCCACGGAAGGCCAGUUUGGACUGGUACAAAGAGCAUGGAGGACAGAGGUCCCUGAACGAGACAUCCCCAAGAGACUCCAGGACUUAAAACCCUCCCGGGAGCUAAAGCAACUCGGAGAUCAACAGCAGACCCCGGACGACCUGUGCACAGGACAGAACUCCCAUCCACCUCUUCCCCCCAUUCUUCUUAUGUUACACCCGGGCUUGGCCAGCCCCGGGUAGUGCGUGUAUCUAUGCAGGUCCGCUGAGCUACGUAGCACACUGGAUCUGCAGUUUCAGGGAACCUAUGCCAAUGUACUUAACUGAGCAUACAGCUAAAGCAAGAGAGAACCCCACAAAGAAGUUAGUGAUGAAAGAAAAGGCUUUGGAGUAUCCUAAGACCUUAAGAAUGCUAAGAAAAAUAACAGGGCUUUUCUGUCCCAAUGACUUGCAGCUGUUCAGACAGUGAACUCGUGUCUCACCCUCAUGUCCACCAACUCAGCUCUUGUUUAUUCUGGAUAUUCAUCAACGGAGUCAUUUUCUCAAACAUGGCAUAAGUUUUUCAAAAAAACAAACAUACGCCUCCAAUGAAACUAACAAAAAAGGUAGGCGGGGACUCGACUGAGUGAAAUCAGCUCAGGGGAAACGACACAGCCCAUAUUUAACUGAACUUGCAAAGAGACCGAGACAGAGAGAGACUAGAGGCAGCUGUGAAGAGACCAUGGCAGGGUUUCAUGUCCAUAGUGUCCUGGUGACAAGAUCCAAUCGGGGAAUUGGCCUGGAGCUGAUCAAGCAUUUUAUUGGGAAACCGAACCCACCAGAAGUGAUCUUUGCCACCUGCCGGGACCCAGAGGGAGUGCGAGCGCAGGAACUACAAAAAUUGGCUUCCAAGCACCCAAACGUUGUGAUUCUGCAGCUAGAAGCUACAGACUCAGCGAGCAUCGAGAGCGCUGCAAAGAAAGCUGAGACCCAUCUGGGAGGAACUGGCCUAAAUUUGCUGAUAAAUAAUGCUGGCGUUAUGCCACCAAGGACACUUGAGUCAGCCACUCCUGAAGAUAUGUUAAGCGUCUAUAACACAAAUGUUAUUGGGCCACUGUUAGUGACCCAGGCGUUCCUGCCCUUGCUGAAGAAGGCUGCCCAGGGAAGCAACCAGAAAGGGAUGAGCUGCAGCAAGGCAGCCAUUGUCAACAUCUCCACUGUUCUGGGAUCCAUUGAGAAAACUCCUGAAACAUUCUCCUUCGUGCCAGUAGUCUCCUACCGCUGCAGCAAGGGACCAUCCUCAAGCAGUUAUAAUCCACCAUACUGGCCAGACUUCUUCUGAAGCGAGAUGGAUGUGGAACUACAGAGAUGUUGGAACCUUCAUACUCUCCCUGGGAAGUUCGCUGCCCUCACAAGUUCCACCACACUUGGCUCCAACGAUGCUAAGUCUUUUGAUCUUACAAUCUCCUAUUGCCUCCACCCCACAGCUUGUAAAUGCCCAUGUGCAUUGAGCUCCCAACAGGCAUGUUCUCACCAUGCGUCCAGUGGCCAUCUUGAUGGAAUUUCUUCCUGCAUGUGCAUUCUGCUGCUUUCUCCAACACCCUAAGCUUUGUUUUAAGACCAAUAUUUUUCAGCCACCCUAUUGCUCACCUGAAGGGUUCCAAGGUGCUGAGCAAACCCUCCAAAUGAUUACUCCUGGGGGAAUUCUGCACCAAAAAAAUAAAAAGUCUAUGCCAAACAUUU